AAAUCUUUGAGAAGAGGUUGUCCACCCCCGAAUCGCAAUGAAGCUGUACAGCCUCAGCGUCCUUCACAAAGGCUCCACCAAGGCGAACCUUCUCAAGGCUGCCUACGACCUCUCCUCUUUCAGCUUCUUCCAGCGGUCCAGUGUACAGGAGUUCAUGACAUUCACCAGUGCCUUAAUUGUGGAGCGAAGUGCUCAAGGUAGCCGAGCCUCAGUCAAAGAACAAGAGUACCUGUGUCACGUGUACGUGCGGAACGACUCGCUGGGCGCCGUGGUGAUAGCGGACAACGAGUACCCGUCCAGGGUGUGCUUCACGCUCCUGGAUAAGGUACUGGAUGAAUUCUCCAAACAAGUGGACAGCGUAGACUGGCCCUCUGGCUCUCCUGCCACCAUCCAGUACGCAGCCUUGGAGAGUUAUCUCGCCAAGUACCAGAAUCCUCGGGAGGCAGACGCCAUGACCAAAGUGCAGGCUGAGCUGGAUGAGACCAAAAUCAUUUUGCACAACACCAUGGAGUCACUCUUGGAGAGAGGGGAGAAGCUGGACGACCUGGUGCAGAAGUCGGAACACUUGGGAAACCAGUCCAAGGCCUUCUACAAGACCGCGCGGAAGCAGAACUCGUGCUGUGAGGUAAUGUGAGGACGGCGGACUCUGCUCUAGGACUCCACUCUCCCUCGGACCACUCCUUCACCACCGCCUCCCACCGCCCACCCGUCCGCCCGCCCUCCGACUGGCCCCCGAAACACCGCCCUGGGGCGGGGGGGCUCUGACCUGCUGCUUCACAGUCCUGGGGGGGAAGGGGGGGGCGGGUUACAGGGGGGUUAAGGGGAGGGUCACACUCCAUAGGGGUGCUCGUUUGGGUAGUUUUGAAAUGGCGUACAUUUAUUAUUGUUUUUUUUAAAGGUUUUGGAGGAGCGGGGGCUGAUUUCCUGUAUGGCAGUGUGCGGUGCUGCGACGGUCAUCGCCUCUGAACGUUUGCGAACGUUUCGCUCGUUUCAGUGGGUUCGGUCGCCGUCCUUGCUCUUACGGUUUUUGGCUAGGCUCCAGGCUAAUUUCUGUCUUGUUGAAGCAAGGCGGUACAUUGAAACACGCUGCAUCAGAGUGUUUGUGUGUGUGUGCGUGUGUGUGUCUGUGUCUGUGUGUGUCUGUGAGUGAGUCAGUCUCAGUCAGUUAGUCUCUCAUUCCAUGGUAGGAAAUCCUUGGCCAUUGUAGUCAUGUAGUCCAUUGAUAUUAAAUGUGACUCGGUUGUUGUCUUAAUGCUCACAAGUGGCUGUUGAACAGGUGUUGGUGUAAAGUAAUGUGCUGGUCUCAAGGUGUAUUUUUCCAUGCUCAGUGUAAAGUGGUUUGACUGCCCUGCCAAGCCCCUGAACUGACUGCAUAAAAUGAUUUCUGUGUGCAUCUCUGCAAAGCUGGUGAUGAAUUGAAUCUUGUCUAGUGAUAUGAUUGUUUUUUUAGUACUUAAAACCCAAGGUUUAUGCAUAUGCUGGUCUUUUUGAAGUAUCAGUAUCAUGUUCAAAAUACUGUGGUCAGACCUAGUGUUUCACAGGUAUUGGGGAAAGUAUGUAUGUGUUUUUGUGUGAAUGUGAAAAAUCCAAAUGCACAAUCACCUGAAAAUCUCCUUUGCACCUUUUUAUAUUUGAUCUAUUUGUGACAACUAGAUGGCGCUGUAUCCUAUAUUGAGUCUUGGCCUGCUAGUCACAAUGCAUUAGACCUCCCAGAAGCUUUGCAAGUGUUGUGUGAAGAUGGUGCUGGGUGUUACUUCUGUACUUCAGCCAAACUUUGGGGGACGGCAGCCAGGUUUGACAUUCCGCGUUGAACAGGAUACAGCGAUGGUGCCUGAGUGAACAGCUAAGUCCGUUGCAAAUUUAAAUAUUUAGACCACGGCAGCACUGUGGAACUUACAAUGUACAUUUUCUCAGAAAUAUAAGUUUUGGUUGGUUAGUGUAUGUUUAUGGAUGGAUUGUCCUUUGUGCAUUUGUACUAACAAAUAUUAACGUUUGGAAACAUACCUGGCCAUCCUCUGCUGUUCUUAAAAUAGCAUUGGUGAAAGGACUGGAAGUACAGGUGAUAGUGGAAUAAGAAAUUAAGCUUGUUUGGCCUAUAAAAUAAAAUAAAUUUGGGGGGUGGGGGUGGGUUAAUGAUCUCAUUUUGAUAUGCAGCCUUAUUAGCAGUGCGAUUGGUGGAAGUCAGCCCCUCCCUCUUCUCUGGUGUGUGUAACGGCAGUGCUCUGGGGCGUCCCCACCUGUGCCACCUGCAGGUUGAUCCGCUCCGGUCAACCUCAUACACUGGCACACUGUAGGCAAAAUUCCAGCUGCUAAUUAAUCCAUUUGUGGGGAUGAGGGUGGAUAUUUUGUGGUUAGCAUUUUGCUGACAGCCAAAAUGAUUCAGAAUGGCGUUUCUCCCAAGAGGCGGGCUAGCCAAUCCCGAGGCUGCCUUGUGCUGCUGCUUCCUUCGUGAGGUUUGAUGUCCAGUUAAAAAAACGUAAUAGUAGUAAUGGUAAAGAAGUCACGUGUGCCCUCAUACCCUGCUGAAGCCGUUGGUCCUAGAAUAACUUUGUUCAGCAAUGCAAAAUACUGCACAAAUCUGCAUGGUCGCAGGCUUCUGCCAGUGAGCAGAACUGAACAGCAUUGCUGUCAUCGGAAGGCAGAUGCAUUUCAAAUGCAAGCGUAGGGUAUGCAGAUGGAUGUUGAUUUCUGCUAGCCCAGACUGUUCUGCCUGUAUAAGCAUUCUCUAAAGGUGGGUUAUAUCCGAGUACGUCUUUCAAAGCAGUUACUGUGGGGGAAAAAAAUCUAGUUGUGAUUUCCUGUGUCAAUUUCUGUUCUGAAUUUGUAACUUGAGAUGGAAUUUUAUGUUUUCUGUAAAGUCAUAAGAACGUUAACAUGAAUGCCAGAUUAAGGAUACAGUUGGCCAAGCAAAUGCAUUAACCAAUACUGAUUUAAAGGCUUAGUAAAUGCAGGCAAUCUUUUUAUUGGUUUGUAAUUCACAGAAUCACCUCAGGUGUCUUUUAUCACUAUGUUGAUGUAGCUCCAAGCAGUACUCUGUUGUAAAAUAACUGGAUCCCUUUUAGGCAGAAUCUCAUCGGUCUCCUAGCAACCAGGAACAUGCACUUUUCUGUAGGGUACAGAUAAAACAUGUCCUAAUAUUCUAUUUUAAUAAAUUUGAAGUGUGUAACGACAUGCACACAUUACAGUAAAUGAAUUGGCUCUUGGGAUGUUAACGGUUCACUUUGGACACCAUAUAAAUAAGUGAUGUUAGCAUUUUCACACAAUCUUCAACUUUCUCCCCUCUGACGAAGUGCAGAAAACACGCUUUGCAGGAGAACGGUUACGGAUCCUGCGAUAAAGCGUGCUGGAGUACAAAAUACGGGAUACGGUGUCGGGGCCCCAGGGAACAUUGUUUCCAUGUAAUUAUGUGAAAUAUAUUUCUGCGAAUUAAAACGCUUGUUCGUUCGCUCCGUGUGCCUCUGACGCCUUCGGCGCGCGCUGUGUUUUCUGUCUACUGCUAGUUUCGGUGGUCGUUCGUGUGAUGCGCGCGUGGGUCUUGUGAGCUUGGCGUCUGCUUAGUGGGUUGACAGGAAGCUGUAGAAGACUGGGAUUAAUCCAGGGACUGUUUCUGCUCGGUUAAAUUUUCUCUCCUGUCUUAACUUCUUUGUGCUGUUUUUUGUUUGUGCCUAACGAAAGCAGGACUAACUGACAGCUGUGGUCAUUUUUUUUUUUUUUUGGCCUUCGCCAGGACUUGACACUUCAAGAGAAACACUUUGAGGUGCAACUUGAUUUACCAAAAUAUGUAUGCUUGAUUUUACCAGGAUUUGAGUUUCAAAAAAUAAAAUACUGUACUACCAAGAA